GCGGAGCCUAAGGAGGUGGGAAGCACCCAGCCCGACUGCCCAGCUGGAAAAGAACUCAGUCCCUGCCGGCUCUCCACUCCGGCAGAGUGUAGCUCGGCGGUGAGGACGCUGCAACGCGCCCGCACUCUGCGGCCAGAGUGGAUCGCGCGACGUUGCGGCUGCGCGAGGGGCCUUUUCCUGGGAGCCAUCCGGGAAAAGCCCGGCUUAACUACAGGCCUUUCGGCCAUUGGACGGACCCCCCAAGCCGCAGAAGGACGGCGAAAGGGGACUGAAGCUAAACUGAGCUCUUUCCGAGUGGGGAGAGCCCGCUAGGGCGAGGUGGGAAGGAGGGGUGGGGCGUGUUGCGAAGCUCACGGCCAGCGGUGGAUUAUCCGGGACACUUUGCGCCUGGGGGCUGCGAAGUGAGCGAGGAGGACAAGGGCAUGCUCAGUGGUGGCGGCGGUGAUGCGGCCCUUUCCAACGCCGCGGCGCGGGGGCAAGUGGAGGCCGUGCGGCAGCUCCUGGAAGCCGGUGCUGAUCCCAACAGACUCAACCGCUUCGGGAGGCGCCCGAUCCAGGUCAUGAUGAUGGGCAGCGCCCGCGUGGCCGAGCUGCUGCUGCUCCACGGUGCGGACCCCAACUGCGCAGACCCCGCCACCCUCACCCGACCCGUGCACGACGCCGCCCGGGAGGGCUUCCUGGACACGUUGGUGGCGCUGCACCGAGCCGGGGCGCGGUUGGACGUGCGCGACGCUUGGGGCCGCCUGCCCGUGGACCUGGCUGAGGAGCGGGGCCACCGCGACGUCGCCCGCUACCUGCGCGCGGCCGAGGGAGACUGAUGGCGCUUGCACACAGCCGCCCCAAACGAUUUUUCUUUUCUCUCCAGUUCCUCACCCCAACUUAGUUCAAUGAGGUCUGCAAACGUGGAGCGGCGGAAGUCUUCCUGGGCGACCUGAUUCCCCGCAGGGAAGGAGGGGCAGACCGGGAAGAAAUUUUUUUUCUCUUUUUUUCUCUGGAUGCAGCCCUCGACAUUCACCGUGAAGUGAAACGCAGAGAGGUGGGGCAAAUGGAUUUCCAGCGAGAUUUAGGAGCCGAAUGUGGAAUUCCCAGGUUUAUUUUUCAGGGUUUUCUGGCGAAAAGUGGCACAUGAAGAAAUCCGCGAAGGAACCCAAGCGCUGCGAAUCUUCACACAAAAGAUGCUGGGGCGGAGUGGGAGGCGGCGGUGACUGGCAUUCGGGUGGGAGGCAGGUGAUAACGUUCGCCCCAUUGACCUUGAAAGACCCCCCCCCUUUAAGCCCCUACGUCAGGCGUUAGGCCCUGGGGAUAUGAGGGCAAAGCUGAAGACGGAGGACCAAGCGAUGAUGACGGUCGUCGUGGGCUCUUUCUUUACAAGCUGCACGGAGCAGAGCAGGUCACGUGCAAAACGCUCCAUACUGGAAGCCUUGGGGACUCGCGCCCAGCUACACCGGAUAGUGACGGAGAAGAGAGGACCCGGAAGCCACCUCGAACUUGCCUGCUUAUUCUAAAGUCCCCAGGGCAAGGUGGUUCUGAACAGCUCUCCGAAAGGGGCGCUCGUUUGCUGUUGUUAAAUAAAGGCGAGAUUCUUGCGGCGUUCCAGCAGUCCGCGCACAGACUGAAGUCGGGGAUUGUAGCGAGAGCAACUGUAGGUAGGCAGUUAACUGUAACGAUUUGUUUAAUCUAUGAACGGUAGGAUACAGAGAGCCCCCUGUAAAUUGCCACUUGAAAAGAUUUCGUGAUAUUUUGUACUUCUGGGUGGUUCUUCAAUAGCAGUCUUACUUACGGAGACUUUAAAUAACAAAGUAACUCGUGGCCCUUGGGAAAGAGGUGAGGAAGAACUACAGCUUUUACACGAAGCUAUGGCACAGUAGCAACGCCCAGAUUGCUUUGAUCCUUAACCUAUUUAUUUCUCUGUUAAAUUUUCUGUUUCCUUUACUACAGUCUCAGGGGGUCAAACAAUGAAAUAUUACAAAUGUAUUUUAGAAGAUCCAUGCACUUACCCAGUAAAUUAUCUCAGGAUAUUUCCCAAAGCGUUGCUAAGAGUAGACUGAAUAUAAAACUGUUGAAAAUAUAUGAUGAUGGCUCGCGGAAUGUCUUAAUAUCUGCUGAACAAACUAAAGGUGUACUGUUUGGGGAUUUAAUUUCCAGUGUUGCUUGAUACAUUACAGCAUUGGAAUAACUGAUAUUUCACUGUUUUAAUGUAAAAAAAAUUGAGAUUGGACUCCAAGAUUUUGGCUUAAAACAUGAUUCCAUUCCUAAUUUAAAGAAAUUGUGGAAUCUGAUGACAACCUGAUAUUAAGGGAAACUAAAUCAAGAAAAUGUGGUUGGGUACUAUAGGGUUCUCUGAGAUCCACAGCCAUAUAUAUAUUAUAUAUAUAUUAUAUAUAUUUGGCAAAUAUAUAUAUAUUCGGCAAAUAUAUAUAUCUAUAUAUUUGGCAAAACCAAAACAUCAUACAUUAUUGGAAAAUCAAGUACCACCUGGUUGCACUGAAAUAGUAAUUUAUGAAUACAUGUAAAAGUAAAUUCAGAUUUCAAAUCCACCUGGUAGGCAGAUUUGGUCAAUGUGUUUUAUCAGCAGCACAAGAAGUAUAUACUGUUAAAUCUGUUUAAGAUUUCACUUUGAAGGAUACAUGCAAGCAAAUAUAGCUCUAUAUACAUGAGCCCUGCUUCUGGCUCUAUUUUACAAUUACAGAAAAAUAUACGUGUUAAUUUCUGUAUCUAAAUCUAAAAUAUUACCAAGGUUUGUACACAUCUUACUACCUGACCUUCAUUGCAAGAUCUGGAAGUGAAAUAA